AUGAGCGAACAUGUAGCAAUGGCAAGGGCUGUGGAUAAAUCCGCCAAGGGCGGAGUCCUGGUUAAACUCGUUCUGUUUGCCGUCUCGUUGGCCAUCGUUCCAUUGCUGACAUACUAUGCCUCGUCAAUCUAUCUCUACGGAGGGAAUACUACAUAUGCCGCUUUGACUGCUGUGUUCUCUGCCAAUACUGUCCUCGUUGUCUACAUCAUCACGUCAAUCUUCGAAGAUACUCCACUCAAGACUUCACAUGAUUCUCCUUCAGAAUCAACGGUUACGACGGCGGAGGACAAGAAACAGCGGUAG